UCUUAUGGCUCGGGAUGGCUCUCGGCGGGCGGGCAGCUGCGGCAGCUGCUGCUGUGGCUCGGGCGGUGGCGGCGCGGCGGCGGCAGAGGGGGCUCCGGGAUCGGACCAUCCGCUCUCCCUGCACUCUCCGCACCGCGGCUUAAAUGAUGUAUUUUGUGAUCGCAGCGAUGAAAGCUCAAAUUGAAAUUAUUCCAUGCAAGAUCUGUGGAGACAAAUCAUCAGGAAUCCAUUAUGGUGUCAUUACAUGUGAAGGCUGCAAGGGCUUUUUCAGGAGAAGUCAGCAAAGCAAUGCCACCUACUCCUGUCCUCGUCAGAAGAACUGUUUGAUUGAUCGAACCAGUAGAAACCGCUGCCAACACUGUCGAUUACAGAAAUGCCUUGCCGUAGGGAUGUCUCGAGAUGCUGUAAAAUUUGGCCGAAUGUCGAAAAAGCAAAGAGACAGCUUGUAUGCGGAAGUGCAGAAACACCGGAUGCAGCAGCAGCAGCGAGACCACCAGCAGCAGCCUGGAGAGGCCGAGCCACUGACUCCCACCUACAACAUCUCGGCCAACGGGCUGACGGAACUGCACGACGACCUCAGCAACUACAUCGACGGGCACACCCCCGAGGGGAGCAAGGCAGACUCUGCCGUCAGCAGCUUCUACCUGGACAUACAGCCUUCCCCGGACCAGUCAGGUCUCGAUAUCAAUGGAAUCAAACCAGAACCAAUAUGUGACUACACACCAGCAUCAGGCUUCUUUCCCUACUGUUCUUUCACCAAUGGAGAGACGUCCCCAACUGUGUCCAUGGCAGAACUAGAACACCUCGCACAGAAUAUAUCUAAAUCACACCUGGAAACUUGCCAAUACUUGAGAGAAGAGCUCCAGCAGAUAACGUGGCAGACUUUUCUGCAGGAGGAGAUUGAGAACUAUCAAAACAAGCAGCGGGAGGUGAUGUGGCAAUUGUGUGCCAUCAAAAUCACAGAAGCUAUACAGUAUGUGGUGGAGUUUGCCAAACGCAUUGAUGGAUUUAUGGAACUGUGUCAAAAUGAUCAAAUUGUGCUUCUCAAAGCAGGUUCCCUAGAGGUGGUGUUUAUCAGGAUGUGCCGUGCCUUCGACUCUCAGAAUAACACCGUGUACUUUGAUGGGAAAUACGCUAGCCCCGAUGUCUUCAAAUCCUUAGGUUGCGAAGACUUUAUUAGCUUUGUAUUUGAAUUUGGAAAGAGUUUAUGUUCUAUGCACCUGACUGAAGAUGAAAUUGCAUUAUUUUCUGCAUUUGUACUGAUGUCAGCAGAUCGCUCAUGGCUGCAGGAAAAGGUAAAAAUUGAAAAGCUGCAACAGAAGAUUCAGCUAGCUCUUCAGCACGUCCUACAGAAGAAUCACCGAGAAGAUGGAAUACUAACAAAGUUAAUAUGCAAGGUGUCUACAUUAAGAGCCUUAUGCGGACGACAUACAGAAAAGCUAAUGGCAUUUAAAGCAAUAUAUCCAGACAUUGUGCGACUUCAUUUUCCUCCAUUAUACAAGGAGCUGUUCACUUCAGAAUUUGAGCCAGCAAUGCAAAUUGAUGGGUAAACGUAUCACCUAAGCACUUCUAGAAUGUCUGAAGUACAAACCUGAAAAGCAAACAAAAAAUAUUAACCAAGACACUUUAUAUGGCCCUGCACAGACCUGGAGCGCCAACACACUGCACACCUUUUGGUGAUCGGGGUCAGGCAAAGGAGGGGAAACAAUGAAAACAAAUAAAAGUUGAACUUGUUUUUCUCAUGCAUAUGAUUUCCAUUAUGCCUACAGAUAUGGACCCUUUUCUGUCUCGACUUCUUGAUCGUUGACCUCUGUUUACAACAGAAGGAGGGUACUAAAGUUGGAGGAUUUCCUUUUCUUGUAGCUCACUGCCCACAGACUUUCUACAGAGUCACCAGUCUGUUAGUACUAAGAGAGUCCAGCAAUAAUCGGUGACUGGUGUGCAUAGCGGAGGUUGCAGCAUUACUUUGCACAACUUUGCUCUUUGUUUCAUGAAGGAAGUUUUUAUUUUUUUCACCGAUUAUUGCCAGUCAGCAGGACGGCACGAAAAGGGUCCAUAGCACUAGCAACAAUAGCAUUAUAAUAUAUUACAGGGUAAAUGGGCAUGAAGACUAUAUAUAGCUAAAAGAGAUAUUGUUUAUAUAUUGUUUUAAUUAAUAUAAAAUGUAGUUACUGGUGUAGCUUUUCCUGUUGAAUUGAUAAGGCACUUUCAUUUUGCACCUUUUUCUUUAAAUUAAAUGCUAGCGUGUUCACUGUCGUGUCGCAUGUGCACCAGAAACACAAGUUUAACUGAAAAGGCUUGGAAGGUACGUCGGGAGGUAUUUAUGCUGCUGUUUACAAAAUUACUUUUAAGAGACUGGCUGGUCAUAUCUAGAAAUCACAAUGUUGGAUUAUUUUUUUUUACAUGUGAAUUUGGAAUUAGAAAUGAAACUCUCCCUAAAUUACACUUUGCAUUUGGGUAAGUUUAAGGAUAGAUGUGUUUAUGCUUCAUACAAAGUUGAAUGAUGGAUUGGUGCUGUGGACUUAUACUAUCAUGCACAUUAUUUUUAAAAAGCUUUUUGAAAUGCCACCUCAAGGAGGCAGGGGAGGGGAGGCUCGUUUUAUACAAUUCAGUAGUUAUCUAGGCUCAGUCUCAAGUUGGAAUUCACAUGCUUUGAGAACAAAUCAGAAAGCAGAAUAUUGUAUUAGAAUCUAGCUUUUAUAAUAAGAAGGAUCCAAAGAUUCUAUGUGGAGCAAACGUACACUCCCCAUGUGAGGACAUGAGGCAUUCACGUUGUGAAUGUUUAUGUUCUUGGUAUAAUCUAGGAACCCGAAGAGUUUAUCUCAGAGUGAACUAUUUCUAGAUUAGCUGCCUCUAGAUGCUAUCGUUCUAGAAUGUUGCUCUCCAUAUUUCAUAGACAAUGAAUGCAAUGAAUGGGAGGGUCGGGGAGGAAUACCAUGUCGAACCAGUUUCUGUUAUUUAAAUAUUAAGUAUUUUAAGCCUUUUAAGUGAUUAGUCAGUGCUUGCUGCAAACAUUUACUUUUGUAUUUAUUGUCACUAGAAAACUGUGGACUGUAAUUUAUUUUAUUAAAUAUUUAGAAGAUUAUUUGGCUUUGGUGUUCAGGUGAGAAAUAGUGAGGGUUUAUUUUAAAUUUUGUGGGUUUUUAAACGUAAUUCCCAAUGGAGGAAGGGAGAAAGAGCUGUCUGAUGUAUAAGUGUGCAUAUUUUAAAAACAAGUGACCUUUGGGAAUGGAGGCAUUUAGAGGGUGAUUUCAGUCCCCCUCAGGGCAGGAGUCAAACUUCUGGUCUGACAUCAAUGACCACAUUUGUUCAGAAAAGGGAACAUCCUCCCACAGCAAAAAGGUGGGAGUGUCCAAGCGGCCCUUUAUAGUGGAGACAGUGUCUCCUUCACCACCAGGGUCCCUCCUGAGUCUUCUGUGGGGACUGUGGCUCCUGAUGUGCCGGGUCACAGCUCAGGCUUCACAGACCCCUUCACUGUUUUAAACUCCGCUGACUUGGAAAGGGAGAAGCAAUCAUUCACACAGAAGUGUGUAUGAAGCCUAAAUAACAUCUAAAAUUUUUUUCAAAAAUAUAGUAAGGGUUUAACCAUAAAUAGAAGACAAGAGUAUUAUUUACUUAAAUUUCUUACAAGCAUAUAAAACUUUAUAAGUGUUUAUAUAGAGAGGUUAACUAUAAGCAUAUAGUAUUUAUAUUUGGGCAGGAAGGGUUAAAUCAAAUUUUUAAUUUAAAUAAGCAUAGUUCCUUUAAAAAUCAAUAGUAUUUAUACUCUGAAAAAAGUACCAAGUGUAGUUAUUUAUUUGUCCAUGUUUUUCCUAUUGUUUCUCCUUUGGGGGGAAUGGUGUAUUUUUACUUUGGUUUGGUUUUGUUUUCUGUUUUUUAUCGUUCUGAUUCACUAAAUUUUAAUAAAGUAUAUUAACUUCUUUUUAACCAAAGCUUUCUGAAUAUGACCAGCCUCAGGUGCUAGUGCAUUAAAGAGCAACUAAACCUAAUUCCAGUGUCCAUUUAUGAAAUGAUACGAGUUAAUUGAACUUCUCUAAGGGUGAGAGAGCACUUAAUGUUGAGCUUAAAAGAAAUUCCUUUUCCCAGAAGGGAUUUUGCAUGUACCUAAUGCAAAAAAGAGAGAGAGAGAAAGAGAGAGAGAUGAUAUAAUCACAGUAAUAGCCACUCCAUGGUGACACUGCUUUCCAAGUAAACCAGGAUACAUUGGCAUGAUGCUGCUACUAGGUCUUCCUGAAAGAAAAGCAGCGUGGGGACUUUAAGAGCAAAGCACCUGGAGGGUGUAGGAACAGAGUAGUAGAGGCAUGCUCCAUGAGAUGAGAGAACAACUCACUGUUAUUUGGAUCAAAGUUGGGAUAUGAAGUUAAACAGUAAAUUCAGCUGGAAAAAAAAAUGAGGUAUAGAAAAUGGUGUGAAAAACUUUGCAUCUUUAUUUUCUUCCUUAUAGAAAACAUCUGUGGGAUGAUACAAAAUAUUUGAUGAUAUGGAACAAUUAUUCUGAAUAGUUCUUAUAAAGUUCCCUAAACUUGAAUGCCCGAUAGUCUUUUAAAUACUGGAAUCGCAUUGUCAUCCUGGCUGCUGUAAGGCCUUAGGUACAAUGUUUGACAGCGAGGAAACGAGGCUUUUGCACAAAGCCUGAACUUCGGUUCUAGUGGUGUCCAAAUGGUUGUAGUUUGUCGUGAAGGAACUGGCCUUAGUCACAAUGCAAUCAAAAGUGCAGAUGAAAGUGCUUUUUUGGACAGUUGCAAAUUGUGUUAAAGCUGUGGAUUUUUUUAAAGCAUUCUGCAUCCUAGUUUACGUUAAAGCUAUGGAUUUUUUUUGAAAGUCUUCAGCAUCCUAAUUCACCCUUCCUAACUUAAAGAAAACAUGACUUAAGACACUGCUUCUAAGUUUGGUUGUUCUUUAUAGUGUGGAUACCCAGAUGUCUGUGAGCGUAUAGGGGUGGGCUGAGGGUCAAGUGAGGAGGGAAUGUGUGUGUGUGUGUGUGUGUGGGUUUUGUGUAUGAUGUAUGUGUGUCGGACCGCUUCUAGGCUACUAAGUGUCAAUGUAAAAGAAAAUGUAUUCAAAAUACUUAAAUCAAAACUAGAAGAUGGGGAAAAAAGAUUUAUUCUAUACAAAGCCUUGUCUGGACCACUUUAGAGAGACUUCUAUUUUUUUAACCCUUCUAUAAAUAUUUGAUGGCACUUGAAAUAUUCCUGCAAUAACAUGUGAUUUGUGUAAAGAAAAAAAAAGAUUUUGUAAUGUGAAACAAAGAAAGAAAGUAAUGUAAUUUUCUAAAAAAAAAUACAAACAAACAAACUUUGUAUUAUUUUCUUGAUGGAAUUUGUCUAUCUGUCUUUGGAAAACUUUUUAUUUCAUUGAAUGUGCCAUAGUAGAAAUAUGUGUUUUUAGUUUUAGACUAAGGAAUAGCUGUUUGUGUUCCGACAUUCCAGAAUGCAAAACAACCUAGUAGAAUCUUUAAUGAAAAGGUUUAAGUAGGAUGUAAGCUUCUCUCAUUGUUGCUUUUUUGCACAUGUUCUUCAUUCCUCUCUAGUGCAAUAUGUACAUAGAGCACUUGCGGGUGUACCUGGAUCCCUCAGGGAAAAAAUACAUAUUUGUACAGUUGUUGUUGAUGUUGUUUUUUCCUUUUGUUUUUGGCUAAGGAAUGUCGACUGAAUCACUUGUUAUUGUUGAGGGGCAGCCAGAUAAUAAUCCUAAAGCCACUGUUUCUCAAACAUUGAUUGUUUAAAUCAUGUGUCCUUCCAGUGCUAUUAUUUUAAAGAUACUAAUAAUAAAAAGUUAUUUUCUGACA